AUGAACAAUAGAAUUGAAACGUUUAUAUCGGAACGUUCGAACGAACGAAGUGAGUUGAUGGACGAUAUGGGCGAUGAGUUGGUGUUCAGGUUGCCGAUCGAUAUGGAUGCGAAGGAUCUGAAGAGGUAUUUGUUUAGUGGCAGUAUUGUUAAGUGUAGAAAGAGGUUGAUUGAUACCUUGAUCAAUGUUUAUUUUCAUUAA